GCCCAUAGCCACAUAAACAAAUGUCUCUAUCUCCUCUUCUCAAGUGCAUCAUCGUCUUCUUAUACUAUUACAUUUCUUAUCUGGUUGCUCAUAGUUCUUAAUCCGUUCCACCAUGAAAACACUCACUAGCUCCUCCGGUCAAAUUCAUCUUCAUCUUCUUCUUAUCACUAUUCUUCUCUCUUUGAACAUAGUCAUACAAGUAAGAUCAGAAACCCCACAAGAACUACUCAAAGGUUUCACAGCAACACCAGACUCAUCCAUAACUUCAUUCCAACAACUUCUUAAUGAUCCAACAGGUGAUUUCUCACUUGGGUUUCUUAGAAUUGAGGACUCCAAACUGGCUCUUGCUAUAUUACAUGUACCUUCUUCUGAACCCAUUUGGUUAGCUAAUACAACUGGUUCACUAAGAUGGCAUAAAGCUACCCAACUUUCCUUUAAUGGAAGUCUAGUUUUGUCUGAUUCACAUUCAAAUAUAUUUUGGUCAACUGGAAGUGUUGGUGAUAGAGUUCUACUUAUGCAUGAUUCAAAUCUUCAAGUGCAAAAGCUUUCAGGCAAGAAUGAGCAAUCAAUUGUUUGGCAAAGUUAUGACUUUCCAUUUGAUACACUUAUUGAGAGUCAGAAUUUUACAGUGUCCAUGUCUCUUGUUUCUAGAAAUGGGUUGUAUUCUAUGACAUUAGGAGAUACUUAUUUUGGUUUAUACUCGAAAGUUAAUACGAAUUCGACACAGCUGUAUUGGAAACAUGGAGCUAUGGAAGCAAAGGCAGAGAUUGUUGUAGGAAACGGUCCAAUUUAUGCAAGAAUUAGCUCAAAUGGAUAUCUGGGUAUGUAUCAAACUUUAAAAGCUCCAGUAGAUAUUCUUCCUUUCGACAGUUUCCAAAGACCGGUACCGGGAAUUCGAAAACUAAAGCUAGAAUCAGAUGGCAAUCUCAGAGGUUAUUACUGGAGUGGAACAACUUGGGUGUUGGAUUUUAAAGCAAUUUCUGACGUCUGUGAGCUUCCGAAUGCUUGUGGUUCUUAUGGUCUUUGUCAACCGGGUAAAGGUUGUUCAUGUCUGGAUAACAAGACUCAGUACAAUUCAGGAGAGUGUUUUCCACAUAAAGCUGGGGAUUUCUGUAGCAAAAAUGAAGUGUUAGGGAAAGGAUACUGGAUUUUAAGAAGGAAAGGUGUUGAAGUGCCUUACAAAGAAUGGAUGGGGUUUGAAAAGAUGGAAACAUUAAAUGAUUGUGAGGAUUCUUGUGAAAGAAACUGUAGUUGUUGGGGAGCUGUUUAUAAUAAUGCAACCAAGUUUUGUUACAAGAUUCAGUACCCAAUUAAUAGUUUAGUUAGUGAUGGAGAUGAAGGUAAAUCAGGGUUCUUUAAAGUGAAGAAUGAAGAGAAGAAAAGAGUUGUUAGCGUUGCAGUUGGUCUUGGUUUGAUAAUUGGAGCAAUAAUAGUUUUAGUUCUAGUUAUUGGGUUUGUAAUUUUCAGUAUUUGGAGAAGAAGAAAGAACCAUAGUGAUAGAUUAUUGGAAGAUGGAUUAUCUCCUGGUUCUUACAAAGGUUUAGAUUCUGAGAGUUUUCGAUCGGUGGAGCUCAGUCAACAGCGGAGCUAGUGCAACCGCUAUCUCACACUCGAUCAGAUUCUAGGAAGUUCAUCGGAGAUGAUUUUUUCUUCUUCAUAUCAAAACAUCUCAAAAUGGAAAGACUGUUGCAUUAAACAUCUGUGAUCUGAUGUAUACUUUUACCUGCUCGAAUUAGUAGACAUCUUAAUUGGGUAAACUAAUCUUUAAAUGAUGUAUACAAUGAAUGCAACAGCAUGUUUUGAUUUAGACAAUACAAAUAUACUAAUCCUGAUUACUGUUUCAUUAUCAGUGCGACUUGAUUAUAAAUUUAUGACACAUUAAACUAA